AUGUACACCUUCUCCUCCCCGGCAGCCGAGGUGCGUGAGCGGACGCGGCUGCGGAGGUGGCGGUCGAGCAAGCAGCCUGUCGACGCCAUGCUCUUCCACACCUCGCCGGCAACGGUGGCGGUGGCCGACCCUGUGGAGGAGCUGCAACACGAGCUGCGGCUGUACGAGCGCGACCGAUACGUCAACUGGAAGUUCUACUCGAACACAUACCCGCCGCUCCCGCAUGCGGACUUUGUCGACACUGCGCUUGGGCUGUGGUGGGAUGACUUUGGCUUCCUCUCGGCCAACCGUGACGUCUUCUCGUGGCUCUUCCCCACCAUCGGCUCGCGCGGCGUCAACGCCCACGCCUCACCACUCUCCAAGCCCGAGGCUUUGCUCAUGACCAAGGACAUCUUCAUUGCCAACCGCCUUGUUCGUGCCUUCCGCCUCUUCCUCCGCUUUAUCGGCCUUGAGCUCCGCGACGAGGUGACCGGCGAGAUCGGCGCCGCAGACUCCGAGGGCCUCUGGCAGCGGCGCGGGCGCAAGUUUGCCUCGUCGUCCUCCUUUGACGCCAUCGUCGUCCGGGUCAUUCGUUCGCUCACUGCCCUCGGCUUUGCCCGCUACAGCAGCGGCCUGAUCGACUUUCUGAAGGUUGCUAUCUUUGGCGACGAUGGGCCGACCGAGUACGAUCACGGCUAUGUCCGGGCUCACACCCGGCGUAAGGCCUUUCAGAAGCGCGGGCCGCUUGCCCCUCGAGCGCGCGCCUUUAAGACCAUGUGGGAGCCGGCCAGCCGAGAUAACCCGUUCGGCAAGGGAGCGGAGAUCCCGACCUCGGUCUUCUUUGAUCCGCCGCCGGCCUCGGCCGACCCCGGUCUGGCCGACACCCGGCCGGUGGCUGCGACAGAGCACGGCGAUGAGAUGUACUUGGACGAAUACUCAGAGUACACUGUCGAGGAUGGCGAGCUCGAGCCCGAGCCCGAGCCUAUUGUGGAGGCCAAGCCCGAGCCCGAGCCCGAGCCCGAGCCCGAGCCUGCUGUGGAGGCCAAGCCCGAGCCAAAGCCCGAGCCCGAGCCCGAGCCUAUUGUGGAGGCCAAGCCCGAGCCCGAGCCCGAGCCUAUCGUGGAGGCCAAGCCCGAGCCAAAGCCCGAGCCCGAGCCUAUCGUGGAGGCCAAACCCGAGCCAAAGCCCGAGCCCGAGCCUGUUGUGGAGGCCAAGCCCGAGCCCGAGCCCCAGCCCGUGAUCGAGGCGACGCCGGAAAAGACGCCAGACAACGACGAGCUGGAACUGGAACUGGAACUCGAGCUGUCGCCUUCCAAGGACGACUCGCUGGGAAGCUUGCUCGACAACGAUGACGAUCUCGACCUGUCGCUGGGAGACAACGUUGCUGAGGUAGGGGCGGGAGGAAGCGACGAGCUCGACCUCGACCUCGGGCUAAGUGACGACGACGACGACGACCUGCUCGGUCUUGACGACGACGACGACGAUUUCGGACUUGACGACCUCGGCCUCGAUGGUGACGAUGACCUGGACCUCGGCGACCUUAGCCUCGGCGACGACGACGAGUUUGAGCUGUAG